CUGCAGCCUGUCCCCUCCCACUGCAGCCUGUCACCGAUGCUUUCCCUGCCUUAUCCCUUCUCUCUCUGGAUACUGACAGUCCUCCAUCUGUCACCGCCGCCGUAGCUCCUCCCCGCUCCUGGCAUGUCUGUGUACUGCUCUCUGUGCUCUGCAGUCCGGUCUGCAGGUGUGGCCUGUCCUUACAGCUCCUCCCCUUUCCUGGCAUGUGUCCAGAGUGCGAUCCCUGCUCUGCAGUCCGGUCCUGUCUGCUGGUGUGGCCUGUCCUCGGAGCUCAGUGCGCCCCCUGCUUUCUGGGCCCUGUGUCUAUGGUCAUCUCCUAUAGUACGUCUGCAGUCUCUGGUCAUCUCCUGUAGUAUGUCCGCAGUCUCUGGACUAUGUCUGCAGUCUCUGGACUAUGUCUGCAGUCUCUGGUCAUCUCCUGUGCUGUGUUCGCAGUCUCUGGUCAUCUUCUGUACUGUGUCUGCAGUCUCUGGUCAUCCCCUGUGCUGUGUCCGCAGUCUCUGGUCAUCUCCUGUACUAUGUCUGCAGUCUCUGGUCAUCUCCUGUACUGUGUCCACAGUCUCUGGUCAUCUCCUGUACUGUGUCCGCAGUCUCUGGUCAUUUCCUGUACUGUGUCCGCAGUCUCUGGUCAUUUCC